CAGACACACACAUACAUACACGCACACACACACCACACACACAGGAGCGUAGCUGAGAGGCAAGGACUGCAGCAGCAUGCACCAACCGCGGCUGAGCUGUUCGGGGACACGAGGAAGGGGAACUGAGGAGAGAAAAUAGUGUGCUAUCUCACACCAGCCUACGUGUGCAUCUUUGCAGCGGUGGGAACGAUGCAUUUCAAGAGCAGAUAGCUUAUGUUAUCCGGCCUCCUCUGCACUGCCUCUGCAUCCCAUUCACCCUGCUCCUCCCACUCCAACUCUUCCUCCUCCUCCUGUCUACAGCAUCAGUAGACCGGACUACAGAUUGACUAGGACUGGCUAGUGGUGGAUGGUCAGGUUUGCCCCGGCUGAAAGAUUCUACCGUGGCUAUGCUACAUCUACACCUUUCCUGAUGGCUGGAUUGUAAUCGACAUUUGAAACUAGAAGAUAACCCACAACGCGAAAAGGAAUCUUGGAUGUGUGUGUCAUUCUUUACCAGUGUUGUCAUUGGCGCAUUUUCUCUAUUUCGCUGGUUUGUUUUUUGCCUUCUCUGAGACUGGCUAGCAGGCACUGCAGCAUCAGGACCGCAAGACCCAUGAAGCAGUAGGGCAUGAGGACCCAGGGGCGACCCAAAGGAAGGGCUUGAGUGCUUCCAUUGCUACCACUGCUGCUGAGGUGCUUAUCUUGAUUUUUUUUUUUUUUCUCCAGAAAAGGGUGUCUGGUGGGGGUUGGGGUGGGUGGUGACAGCACAGGUACCCAGGCCCCUGCAGAGCAGAGCAGAGCAGAGCGGGUGGCUCUUGCGUAAAGGAGGCAGAGCAGGACGUCCUGUGGGAAAGGGGGGAAGAAGGGCUGGCUCGAGCGUUGGGCUCCUGAUGGUGGCUAUUUUUGUCUCCCCUAGCUGAGUGAUUGGGACAGCGGGUGGAAGAGAAGAUGCUGAUGGCCCGAGACACAGCGCGGGAUGAGGCUCAAAAGCUACACAGGAAGUGGCUGAAGCACCAGGCCUUUAUGGCGGAACUGGCCCGCAAUAAAGAAUGGCUUGCCAAGAUAGAACAGGAGGGUCUGGAGCUGAUCCAGGAGAAGCCGGAGCUGCGUUCAGUCGUUCAGCAGAAGCUGGAGGAGAUCAGAGAGUGCUGGUGCGACCUGGAGAGCACCACCAAGGCCAAGGCGCGCCAGCUCUUUGAAAACAACAAGCCUGAGCCGGCGGUGAAGAGCUACUCGGACCUGGACCACCAGCUCUCCCACCUAGAGCAGCAGCCCCCCCAGCUGGAGCAGGCACACCAUCUGCCCACCUUCAAUGAGCAACUCCAGAAAUUCCAGGCUAUGGAGUCUCAGAUAGGGGACUUUUACAAGGAUAUGGGAGAGCUGGGGAGCUUGCAGGGGGUCUGCCUACCCCAUCGAGGGAUGAUGGCAGGUGACAGAGUGGGCGGUGACACGGAGGCCGGCGAGCAGUCAGGCGUGGUAGAGACCCGCAUCGUCCGCCUCAUUGAGCCCCUGAAGGAGAGACGCCGCAUCCUGCUGGCUUCCAAAGAGAUGCAUCAAGUCGCCCAGGACCUGGAGGAUGAGAUGAUGUGGAUUCAGGAGCGGCUUCCCUUGGCCUCCUGUAAGGAUUAUGGGAAUAACCUCCAGGGUGUACAGCAGCAUGUAAAAAAGAACCAGACUCUCCAAAGGGAGCUGACGGGGCGGCGCGCCCGCGUGGAGGAGGUUCUGGACCGGGCGGGGAUCAUCGCUUCGCUGAGGACUCCUGAGGUGGAGUUUGUACGUGAAGGGGCGGGGCAUGUGCGCCAGCUGUGGGAGGUUUUGCAGCUGGAGACAGAGAGGAGGUGCGUGAUGCUGGACGCCACGCUGCAGGCUCAGCAGUACUACAGCGAGGCGGCCAAAGUGGAGUCCUGGCUGUCGGGUCAGAAGCUCCAUCUGGUCAAUGAAGAGAAAGGCACGGACGAAGCGAGCACCCUGCAGCUGCUGAAGGCCCACCUGGCUCUGGAGCAAACGGUGGAAACAUAUGCAGAGACAGUAGGCAUGCUAUCCCAGCAAUGCCAGCGUCUACGAGAACUCGGACACCCAGAAAGGUGUGGCCUGACCCACCGUCUCACGUGCACUCACAAAGCAGCACAUAUAGCCCAAGAAAAGAGUGAGCAGAUCACCAAGCAGCAGUCCCACAUAGACCGGCUGUAUGUGUCUCUGAAGGACAUGGUGGAGCACAGGAAGACCAAGCUGGAGCAGCAGUACUGGCUCUAUCAGCUCAACAAGGACGUGGAAGAGUUAGAGAAGUGGAUCACUGAGCGAGAGACGGUGGCCAGUUCCACUGACCUGGGCCAAGACCUCGAGGAUGUCACGGUGCUUCAGGAGAGAUUCACCAAGUUUGCCUCAGAAACCAACAGCAUUGGCCAGCAGCGCAUGGAGCAGGUGAACAAAAUGGUGAACGAGAUGAUCGACUGCGGCCACUCGGACGCGGCCACCAUUGCCGAGUGGAAGGAUGGACUGAACGAGUCGUGGGCCGACCUCCUGGAGCUGAUGGAGACGCGCAGGCAGAUGCUGGCAGCGUCGCACCAGCUGCACAAGUUCUUCACUGACUGCAAAGAGGUCUUGGCUCAGAUCGCAGGGAAGAUGAAGCAGCUGCCAGAGGUGAGGGCGUGCCAAGCCAACAUCACCAAUCCAGCCACCCUGCAGAGGCUCAUGCACUCCUUUGAGCAUGCCCUUCAACUGCUAGUUGCACAGGUGAGGCAACUGCAGGAGAACGCUGCCCAGUUGAGAACCAUCUAUGCUGGUGAGAAGGCGGAGGCCAUCAUGGUCAAAGAGCAGGAAGUGAUGGACGCCUGGAAGGAGCUGCUGAGCUCCUGUGAGGCCAGUCGCGUCCAGGUCACUUCAGUAACAGACAAGGUGCAGUUCUUCUCAGUGGUGCGUGAAAACCUGAUGUGGAUGGAAGGCAUCAUGGGCCAGAUAGGAUGGGAUGAGCCCAGGGAUUUGACGGCUCUGGAAGUGAUGAUGAAACAACAUCAGGAUCUGAAAGCCAAAGUAGACGGCCGCAGCAAGACCAUACAGCAGUGUGCAGAUCUGGGCAAGAUCCUUAUAGCUGCAGGCAACCCCGCAUCAGAGGAGAUAAAAGAGAAGCUGGACAGUCUUCUGGCUAAGCAGAGGGAUCUUGCUGAAAAAUGGGACAGACACCAGGAAAGGUUACAGCGCAAGCAGGAACAUUUCCAGUUUGCCCAGGAGACGGUAAAGGCGGAAGCCUGGCUGAAGGCCAAGGAGCCGCUGAUCACCUCCAAGGAGCCAGAGGGAGGAGGGGCCCAGCUGCAAACAGACGAGGUUGAGCAACUCAUCCUUCGCCACGAGGCCUUCCGCAAGGCUGCUGUAACCUGGAAAGAACGCUUCAGCUCUCUCCGCCAGCUUUCCGCAGCUGAGAAGAAAAAAGAGGAGGAGAAAAAGACAACCCCACUCUCCAGCCGAAGGAUGUUCCCAUUAUCAUGUCUGACUCCCAGUGUUCCCGCAACAAGUGCUACCUCAUCUUUCUUGAGGCAGACGGUACAGGCACAUAUAGAACCCAAACCCUUACAGACCAGGCUGGAUCUGGGUGCCACUCCUUCAACCCAGAGGUUGUCCUCAACUCUAGCCAGCUACAAGCCAGUAAUAAAUGGAUCAGGCUACCAAGGACUGGAACAGCAUUGCAGUGGGAAGCUGGUGAGCUCCUCAUACCUUGGGAUGAACCACCAGGCGGCCGGAGGUGGAAGUGAUUCCGGUUUCUCGGCGCUGACCUCCCAGAGUGGUGGAGCAGACACUUCUACUUACCUUGGGAUAAACCAUCAAACUGCUAGCAGUGCAGAGAGCUCUGGGUACUUUGGACUGACUACUGGUUGUGUGGGUGGUACGCAAAACCAUCUAGGCAGUGGCAGGUUAGGAAGUUCAGGUAACAUAGCUCAGCAGCCAAGCAGUGGAGGUAUGGGAAGUCCUGGCUUUCUGCCUCAACAAAAUAUGGGCAGUUCUGGAUACUUGGGACAUCAGCCUAAUUUAGGAAGUACAGGAUAUUUGGCACAACAGCCUAAUAUGGGAAGCACUGGGUAUUUGGCGCAACAGCCUAAUAUGGGGAGCACUGGUUAUUUGGCACAACAGCCUAAUAUGGGGAGCACUGGGUAUUUGGCACAACAGCCUAAUAUGGGGAGCUCUGGGUAUUUAGCACAACAGCCUAAUGUGGUGAGUUCUGGAUACCUAGCGCAGAAUUAUCAGAGCAGUGGGGGAUUGGGUAGCUCAGGCUUUCUGGCACAAAAUCAUUACAGCAGUGGAAGUCUGGGCAGUUCUGGAUACCUGGUGCAGAGUGGUGGCAUCAUGGACCCUAAAAUGGCAUAUGCAUGGCAGCACCUGAAAGCUGACUUUAUGCAACCCAGGAUCAACCACAUCCACAAGGCUGUAAACCCCCUUCUAGAGGCCAGCAGAGUGCAGCGGGAACAGUUUGGGGACAUCCCAAUGGCAGACAUGGUGGGGCCAGAGUCAGGGCUGGAGCUCCUCCACGGCCGUCUGCAGAGGGAUCCCCGUGGAAGCCGCUCUGAUCCUCAGAUGGACCAUCUCAGGCGAGAGAGGGAGUACAAGCUGGGUAGACAGACCUCCAGCGAACAAGAGAUCCAGGCCAGGCUGAACGAACUGCCACUGAUUGUGCGUCAGGAGCGCUACCGGAGGCGCCUGGAGAGGCAGUCGUCCAGCGAACAGGAGGGGAGCAGCAAGCAGAGGCUGCAGAGACAGGACUCGAGUGACCUGGAGGGCUCUGUGAAAGAAGGAUCUGACAAACGCUCAGGGGAGAAGAGAUCUACCAUGGCAGAGAUUGUAGAACAGGUCCAGGAGAGAGAGGCAGCAAAUGCACGAGGAGAGCCUUAUCGCCCUGGAAGCAGCCUCUCAGCACCUGUGACUCGUUUUGACGGACGCCCUCGUGCCCGAGACCGCCCCAAACCAAGGAGGAGGCCCCGUCCAAAGGAGCCUGAGGAGACACGACGUUCUCGCUCAGCUCCAGCUACUGGUGCCCCAACGACACCUCAGCCGCCUUCACACACUGCCCAAAACGAAGGCUUCCUCUACCGCAAAAAGGCCACCACAUCUGACCUUGAAGCUCAGCAGAGAAGCCCAAACAGCAAGUCCUGGGUGAAUGUAUAUUGUGUGCUGAAAGAGGGACAGCUGACCUUCUACAAGGAUGCUCGGAACCACGCCACGACAUACAAUGAAGAGCCUCCUGUAGACCUUAGUAACUGCACAUUCGAUCCUUCAAUGGGAUACAAGAAGAAGAAGAAUGUCUUCAUUCUUCAAAUAAACGAUGGAAUCAACUUUGCAUUCCAUGCAAAAGAUGAGGAGGACCUGAAGGCUUGGACUUCAAACAUCACCACCUGUAUAGCUGAGCAUGAGGCCAUGGGCACGUGGGACAAGCCGGGAACCUCGUCCAUGGACCCCGACCACUCGGAGAGGAAGGAGAAGUCGGAGGGGGACGCAGACGCCAGGUCCGAGAGGUCCGAACUCGCCGAAGGGGAGGAGAGGUCUGAGAAGGAGAGGUCAGAGAAAGGGGAUGGCUCGGAGAAGUUAGACACGUCCGAAAUUGCCGACAAAAUGGAGGGCGGGGCAGGGGGCUCCAGCACGUCUGGAAAGAGCAAAUGAGUAGCCCCCUUUUGUGUUUUUCAACAUUACUCACUGACAAAAGGCGUAGGAGGCGGUGGGUGGGAGGGAGGGAUGGAUGGAGAGCAUGUGCAGCUAAGUUUUGCUGAUCCUCAGUCACAGAGCUGGAACACACUGAGGUCCAUGGUCCUUGGACUGACUAUUGUUACUGUGACGGACUAAUCUCUCAGCCCCUCCCCUUCACCCAGGCAAUACAUCAGUGCUUGCAUUGUGCCCACCUGCUGGUAGAUAGGAGGUUGCCCCAGACAGACAGACUCCCAACAAGUGGUCCCAGGAAUUAGUCACUGUCACGUCCCCAUUGUUGAUCGUUUAAUCUCUUGGAUUCACAGCAUCUUUCUGUAUGUAUCUUUGACUGAUAAUGUAAUGCUCUUGUCUAGCUAGACAAACCCGAGAAGAGGUGAAUGAAAUGUUUCACAAUAUCAAAAAAAAGAAAAAAGAAAAAAAAAGUUUUUUGAAGCAAUAUACUUUUUUAUUUUUUCUCUUUGUUAAAGAGAGAAAAGGGGGAAAAGGAAACAAGAAAUAAUUGCAAAUGUGAACUCUAUGAUUUGUCACAUUCACAUAAGCGUACUCCGGGCAGUUGUGCACCUUAGACACUUGACACAUCUGUAUACUAAUCAUAAUGACAUUUAAUCCCAUCACAUGGCUAGCUUUGAAUCAUGUUAAUAUAAUGGAAUGCUGGUGUUACCCACCUGACUUCAUUGGUGUCAAUGAAUACACAGUUCUACGGUUUAGUUUCCUCUUUUCUUUUUCUUUUUCUUAUUAUUGUUAUUUUUUUGUCCAUAAUGAUCCAUGUCACACAAAAAAAAGCUUUCCAUCAAAUUCUAAUCCAAGGUGUGUUCAAAGUGGCAAUGCUCAAAGUAAUACUAAGCCUAUGUGACACAAUGCCUUUGUAUACAUGACAAAAAUCUGAACAUUGCAUGAAAAAGUCUAUUAGUGCACCUGUUAAACUUGCCUUUAUUUUGAUGUUCUUGAAAUAAGUUGGGCAAUAUUGGAAUUGCAAUAAUUUAAUGUGAGUGGUGGAAAAAAAAAGUAUUUUACUAUGAUGGUCCACUUCGGAAAAUCCAUAGGUAAGUUUGACAAAGUAGGUUUGUCAGUAAGCAUGAGAAGAAAGAGAUGUUUUUUUUUUUUUGUGGGGGGGGAGGGAAAAUAUACCUGAGAAGUGACUACUCCUUGAUCUGUAACAUGAAUUAAGAAGCCAAAUGGCCCCUCUGCUGUUUGUACUGUAUUACUGCAAUUUAUUUUCCACAGAAUGUAUUGAUUUCAGCUGUGAAAUGUUCAAUCACUACAGAGUUUGUGGUGCCCAAAAUUGUAAAACCCUGAAGCAGUUCACUGGGAGUAAAGCCUCUCUGUACCGUGUCUUUCAUUUGAAGUUCAAACUGAUUGGAAUCUCUCCAUCUAAGGCAAGUUAAAUGUAAAACUGUCAUGGUUCAAGUCAUGAAUUGUAUAUACCUAUCUUUGUAUGUAUACCAAUAAAUCCUGUGCUCUAAUAAAACAAUACUCUGAACUGAAA